UGCCAAGUGGUCCAAUUUAAAUGGGUUAAAGAUACUUAAUCUAAAAAUACAAAAAAACAAGAUUUUAUAAUUGUAAAACUAAAAUCCAUCGUAAAAAAUACAAUUUUUAUGAUAAAAAAAACCAAUAUAAAUUAUAAAUCGAUAAUAUUUGCAUAUAAUCAUUAUAGGAGGAUUCUUAUUUUAGACAAAAUAAGUGAAGGGAUGUAAUUGUAUGUAUAUACAAUUUUUGUAUGUUGUCCUGGGCCAUAUAUUUGAUGAAUCAGGCUCUGGUUUAACUCAGCUAAUUGUGACUCUCAUAAAACUUUAACUUUUCAAACUGGUACGGGUAAAAUACAAGUAUGUUUAAAACGUCAAAGGCAACUUCAGUUAUUACUUUAUUUAUUAGAGUUUUGAUACAAGACAGCUGUCCGUGGAUUGUAUAAAGGUUGCAUUGAUCCAUAAAGACACAAAAUCAAUGUCAACAAAUGUCAGAGUUUAUGGGCGGACCAUUGAGUAAAUAAUAUGAGUGAAUAGACGAUAUGAUAACAACAUAAAAGCGGAGCUAUACAAAUGGACGAUCCGCCAUGCUUAUUGGUGAACGGGUGUAGCAACAACUAUUGUUGUUAUGGUUAGCUUACUGUUGGCCAAAUGUUCUAAACGAGUGUAGAGCAUUUGAUCAUACGAAACGGGAAAUCGCCAGUAACGACAUAAGCGUAAUGGGCGCCGACGACGACAAAUCGAUAUCACGUAACUGGGACGUACCUAUGGUCGUGUAAGGUGGUCGGUAGUCGGUGGCCACUGGUUUUUCGGCUGUUCGUAAUAGAAUGAAAUAAGAGUGUAACGCAAAAAUAUCAAGAAUGCCGUGUGCCCUGGGCCGAGAGACUGACAAGUGAAACGGUAGAAAAAAAGGACGACGAGUUUAUAUAAAUCCAAUGGUUACCGACAAGGCGUGCGGAAGAAGAUCCAAAGAUGCAGGAACAGAACGCUGGAGGCUGGACGACGACAAGCUGUAAAGAAACACAAAAUCACCAAACGAGUAAACGUCAACGACUAAAUUUUCAAAUAGCUACAAGCGAGAAGCGACCCCAAUCAGCUGAUCGAGUUUUGCUGUAUCACCGACACGGUGUGUUUACGGGUAGCGUUAUCUCAUUAAAUGUCCAAGCGCGACGUUUUGUCACCGAAUGCAUAGGUUAUCAAUUGCUAGUAUCAAACGUCACUUGUACACCACGUCCGCCCAAGGACGUAAUGAUAACAGUGUAAUGACCACAGUUGUCGUGUUGUACGUGAACAUGAUGUACAUGAGUGAGUUACAGUAAGUUAUGCAGCUAUGUUGUGGUCGUUGGGUCUGCACCGUGGACGUCACAUCCCCCACCGACGAUGCUCCACGACGCCGUACAUUAACACUGCAACAUUGUACAGCACAGCAACCAUGGUAUAUUAACCGGUAGUGCAGCGCCGCCGGUGUGGACGGUGGAGUUGGAUAUCUGUUGGUUUUCUGGUUUUCUACGGCGCCGCGUCCACCGCCACCACCCGCCUCCACAGACCACAUCAGCUCACCAUGAUUAUCAUGUUUUUGUUUUACAGAUAACAAUGACGUAUCGCAUAGUUUCGACUUCUCCCCACCACAUACUCGUUCGCCGUAUUAAUCGAAUUACUACCUCAUACUUGAAUUUUGAAUAUUAUAACUAUUAUAGGGCACGACAUUGCGAUGUGCGCGUGCACGUGCACUGAAAACGCGUCGUCGUCACAAUAUUAAAAUGAUUGUCAUAUUGCCGGCUUAGGACAUGCGACGACGUCUCGGGUAGUCGGGAUUUUGAAUUUUAUCUGUGUUCGUUGGGAGGCGAGAGAGAAAAAGAGUGAGUGAAUGAGAAAUUACUAGUCGUUCCCUGGGCUGGUGUGGGAGCGGUAGAGAGAACGAAAAAAAAAAUUGAAAAAUAUCUCGUUUGACAGUGACGGGCUAGGCCGUACUGAGUACUGAAUCGAACUCGAGUGGCCGCCGCGGACGACGAUAAAAUAAAAAAUAAUAAUAAUAAUAAUAAACUUUAGCCGAGGACGAGGUCUCGGCCGUUCACCGCCCACCAACCUGUCGUGCAUUGCAUCCGUUUAUUAAACGUUUGCAGCAGGACAGCACCACAAUAACACCUUUCUAUACCUAUGAUGUUAAAUAUUUUUUGAAAAUAAUACGUACAUGUCAUAUUACGUGUGUUGUGGUGUAUCAUAAUAAUAUGAACAAAUUAUAUAAAAAACAAUAAUACAAUAUUAUUGUACGUAAUAACAACACAAAUAAUAAUAAUAAUAAUAGUAAUACAACUGUCGAGUGCGACGGCCGACGAGUGUUUUUGUUUUCGUUCGUGUUGGCUGGGGGAUCUAGUCGCACCCGCCGUCUGAUUAAUAUUGCGCGUUGAAUUAACAAACGGAGAGAGGAUAGAGAAAAAAAAAAACAUUAUCAACAAAAUCGCAACAGCACAAAUCUCGUGUCGUUAUUGUAAUAUUAUUAUUAUUAUUAUUAUUAUUCAUUAAAAUUAACGACGACGAAAACGAAAUUUAGCUGAAACGGCUGUCGACGUUGUGUAAUUCGCAGCCGCAGUUGUAGUUUUCGUCGACGAUAUUGAUAUUAUUAUGUAAGCCCUCGGCGGGCCCGCGUAAAACCAAAGUCUGACGAGCGCCCUCGUCGUCCCCUCUCCCUGCCGACCGCCAAACCGCCCACCAACCCACCCACCCACCGCCGACGAAAGCCCGACAACUUGUCGUCCACACGGUGUCGCGCGCGCCGCCGUCAGUUACUCAGUUGCCCAAAAGGUCGAGUCCGGUAUGGUGACGGUUACCGCCACUACAGACUACAGUAAGUGGUCGUUGCCGUCGACGUCUUGUCCGUGCCACUGUCAUUAAAUUACGUUCGACGCUAUUGUUGUUGCUACUCGUCGCACGGCCAUGUAGUAGUGGACAUUCGGUUGGCUGAGUCUCCGYCCGGGCGUUUAAUAGCAAUAAAUCUGUCGACGAUUGUCAACAAAUCGUAAAUCGUAAUUAAACCUAGGCAUCGUUAUUUAAGCUAUGCAAACACCAUGGCUCGAGUGCCACCACAUCUGUCAACCGGACAUGACAACCCAUUGGUCAAUCGUCUGGUGCGUGUUGGAUACUACGAGCUGGAAAAGACCAUUGGCAAAGGCAAUUUCGCUGUUGUCAAGCUGGCCAAACAUGUUGUCACAAACUCCAAGGUUGCCAUUAAAAUAAUUGACAAGACACAAUUAAAUGAGGAUAAUUUGAAAAAAAUAUUUAGGGAAAUUCAAAUAAUGUCCAAACUUAAUCAUCCACAUAUUGUAAGAUUAUUUCAGGUUAUGGAAACUGAAAAAAUGAUUUAUUUGGUAACUGAAUAUGCUGCUGGAGGAGAAAUUUUUGAUUUUCUGGUAAAAAAAGGAAGAAUGGAUGAACCUGCUGCUUGUCAUAUUUUUAAACAAAUUGUUGAAGCUGUUAGCUAUUGCCAUAAUAAAAAUAUAGUUCAUAGAGAUUUAAAAGCAGAAAAUUUGCUUUUAGAUGCUGAUAACAAUAUUAAACUUGCAGAUUUUGGAUUUAGUAAUCAUUUUUAUGAAGGAAAAUUACUUUCUAMUUGGUGUGGUUCUCCUCCUUAUGCAGCACCAGAAUUAUUUCAAGGACAAGAAUAUGAUGGACCAAAAGCUGAUAUUUGGAGUUUGGGUGUAGUAUUGUAUGUAUUGGUUUGUGGUUCUCUUCCGUUUGAUGGAAAUACUUUAAAAGUACUGCGUGCCAAUGUUCUUUCUGGAAUGUUUCGUGUGCCAUAUUUCAUGUCGGCUGCAUGUGAACAUUUAAUACGACAUAUGCUAGUCAUUGAACCUGAAAAGAGACUUAGUCUGAAACAAAUAGAGUCUCAUAAAUGGAUUAAACAGUUGUCUGAACCAAUUACUAAAAGAUUAAUAGUAGAUGUAAACCCAAUGAUGAAUACAGCUGUUAUAGAACUUAUGUUACAGUUACCGGGUCUAGAUAAAGAUAUGAUUGUUAAUUCAGUUCAGCAAAAGAAAUUUGAUCAUGUCAGCGCAAUUUACCAUUUACUGGUUGACAAAUUAGAUACAACUGUUAAUCAAAGAAACACUACUAAUCAAUCAUUAGUUGAUGAAACUAAUAUUAAUGGAUCUGUUAACAUCAAUUCAAAUCUAAUUGAAAAUUUACCAUUAUAUUCAAUGUCACUUUAUGCUCAAGACGGUUCAAUUUAUGAUAGUCAGCAAUUAGAAAAGUAUGGUGAUGUUGAUGUUGGAGAAUCUACUAGUUCAAAUAAAACUCAAGAUAAUCAUCCAGUAACUACCCGUCGCCAUACUGUUGGUCCAGGAAAUGGCUUAAUGACUCAAGUGAUGGAAUCACAUUAUAUAACGCAUCUUCAAACUGGACGUAAUGUAAAUGUCUUGCCAAAUACAAAUUUACCUUUGAAUAUUCCAUUAGUCGAAUUUCAAUCUCCCAAAAAUUUUACGAUUAAAGAUCAACAUUUAUUAAAACCACCACAAGUUAUGGGAGAAAAUAACAACUUUGGUAGGCGUGCGUCAGAUGGUGGAGCAAAUUUACAAAUAUCACAAAAAAUGAGUUGUACAUUUAGUGAACCAAGCAGCAAGGAAGAUUUAAAAAAACAAGUGAAAAUUGAUCCUAAUGAUUUAAGAAAUGCAAUAAUUGAUCAAUCAAGUAAAGGAAACUUAUUGUCUGAAGAUAAUGUUGCAUCUGCUAGUUCUAGCCGUUAUACUAAAGUAAUGUGCAAUACUUCUAGACUUGGGAUGGGUAAUAAAGAAGAAGUUCAGUCCCAACAAACCAGUUUACAAAAUACACGAACUAGACGAAGUGGAGUAUCAACUGUAAUGGAUAGACCCCCAGUCAUUAGUCCUGAAGUGGUACGUGAAGUAGAAGCACGUAUGAAUCGAGAGUAUGUACCACCACCAUUACCAAUGGUCAGCACUUCUAGACAUACUCACCGUAUAUCUCAGGUUUCAGUUUUACCAACAGUACAAGAACUGCAUAGACAUUCAGGUCGAGAAAGUUUAAAAGAUGUUAGUGGAUAUUUGCCAUCUGAACGAUAUAGUCCAGUACGAAGAACAAGUGAACCAGUUGUCACAUCUAGUGAACAUCUAGAGCAGCCUAAUAUACGUAAUAUCCAACAGGAACAUAUUCAACUUCAACAAAAAAUGUGUGAAAAUACAUUGGAUACUUGGGAUCAUGCUGAAUUACAAAUGCUUCAUACAUAUCAUUUACAAAGUCUGCAGACAUUAGUAGAUCAUAAUUCAUUUAUUAAUGCAACUUCUAAUCAUCAGGGUAAUUCAAAUAUUCUUAGUCAACAUUUGCAAAAUUUGAAUUUACAUCAAACACCUUUAGUUAAUGUUCCACAAACUCAAGGUUCAAUUACUCAAGGUACACCAAAUAUAAUGUCCAAUCAUCAAAUUCCAGUUCCAUUGGACUUACGAACAAAUAAUAAAAUAAAUCCUCAACCCACAAUUGUAGUAGAAGAUAAAACAACAGUAGUUGGUGAAGAAAAACUUCUUCCAAAUCCAGAAAUAUCACUUAUGAUAACUAAUGAAGAAGGUGGUAUGAUGGAAGUAGACUCAUUACUGACAAAUUCUGUAAAUUCUAGUAAUACUUCACUAAAAAAGUCAAGUACUGAUCAGCCACUUUCAGCUAUACAUGAUGGUUAUGAAGAAAUCAAUCAUGUGACUGCUGAUAGAAAUAAUAUUAUAGCUGAUUUGGAUUCUUCAACUUGUUUGAAAACGGCUCCACUUUUUUCUGACUAUAUUCUUAAAAGAACUGCUAGUGAUGCAUUUGUUGUAGACUUAUCUGAUUUCUAUUCCAAUUACACCUCUGGUAAUAUACUCAACAUUGUCAAAUAUUUGAUAUCGUCCAACAUUCGGGUAUGGCCUGUGCUAGAUAGACAAAAUGUGUUGCAAUUUCCAACAGGCCUUCAAAUUGAACUGGAAGUGUGUUCAAACGACACAGGUGCCAAUUCGUAUUUAAAAAUUCAACGACUCUCUGGAGAUUCAACUGAGUACAAUAACAUUUGUCAUAGGCUGGUGGAAGACUAUUUACCUUGUAACGAAUAAUAUUAUUAAUCAUUAUAUUACUUUUAAUCUUUUCAUGGCUGUGCUACUUUUGUGAAUGCAAUUAAUUAAUAUUAGUCAUUAGUUUUAAUAAGCAUCUCUCGUUAUUAGAAUUUAUACACAAAGACCUUAAUCAUGCAGUUGUGAAUUAUAACUAAUCAUCUUUAUCUUAUAUGGACUGAUUUCAAUACAAAUUAUAUUUUACCAAACUCUUUAUUUGAGAUUUUCAUUUAAUGAUUAUAUUUUAUAAAUUUUUUAGUUAAAUGUGCGUUUGUAAAAUGGCAGCACAAAAUGUAUUCCAUUUUUACUAUUCCAAUUACCAUGUAAUCAAAUAUAUUAAAUAUUUAGCUAAUAAUAUGUGAAUACUGUUAUUUUAUAUUC